UAAACUUCAGUAGAUUCAGAGUCGAACCUCGAAACGUUUUCUACAAAGGUGAUUCUAGCUGGAGUUUAUACACGUGGAGUAGUAGAAGUAGUUCAUCACUGCAUGGUGUUCACCUGUUUCUUGUGUACGUUAAGAUAAUAUUAUUAUCGAAUUACUUAAUUAUUCAUUAACAGCGAAGUUGUUUUGGAAAGUACUAGUAGUAACAUUACCUGGACAGAAAUCGAUUGUCAUCACCAUUUGAUGCCUCAUUUUACUUAUAGUAAUAUAAGAGUAACAAAACAUCAAAGCGCGAUACAAUUAGAGAACUAUAAAGAAACAUUUUCUCUAUGUAUAACAUAUCUUGGAAUGUGAUACAGAGUUGCCAUGAUGUUACUGAUAAGCUUCUGGCUUGCUAGGAACUAAAUCUAAAGGUGCCAAGACAAAGAUGAUGAAAUGAAGGCAACUUCAGAAAAUAAGAUGAAAAAAUUUCUCCGUCUGACGGUGUAUAUAAUGCUAGUAUGGACAGUUUGUGUCGUGUUCUUUCUCGUCACAAGUUUUCCCGAAGUCUUCCAGGAACACCAGGGUAAACGUGGUAUUCGUGCUUACACACAGUCUCUCUUGUUUCCUAGAACACAGCAUCGUAAUGUAACGUUGUCACUUGGUCAAAACCGCGACAAACAAAGUCUGAUGUGGCUAAGAAAUUUUCAUCAUAAAAAGGGAAAUCUGACGGCUCAUGAAGCAGAAAAACUUGAUAGGGAUAAUACGCCCGUAGAUUAUAUCGUUUCGGAAAGUGGAAAUGUAAAGGUUUUGGUUAUAAAUAAAACAAUUAAAACUGCUGAAAAGAAGAUAAAGAGAUUAGAAAAUACAAACAACGAGAACUUACUUCAAACAUUACGUUUAAGACGCGAAGACAAUGAAAGACGCUACUAUACACCUCGUAAAGUAAAGGUCAAUCCAAUUGACCAUGCAUUCAUAAUAAAUGGUGCUCAAAUCUGCACAACAGAUGCAAAAUAUAUGACAAUACUUAUCGUAGUACCGUCAAUACCCAGCCAUUAUUUUGUUCGCGAUGCUAUACGUGAAACAUACGGUUCUUACUCUAAAGCGCCGUUCCUUCUUGACCGUACUGCGAUAGAAGUGGCUGUUAGAUUAAUGUUUAUUAUUGGCAAAGAUGGGAAUAUAGCAACAGAAAAAGCCAUAAAGAACGAGAGUAGAGUUCAUGGAGACAUCGUUCAUGCCGAUUUUAUAGAAUCUUAUAGAAACUUGACAAGGAAAAUGCUGCUAAUGCUAAAAUGGGUGUCUAUUUAUUGCAGUGAUGUUGAUUUUGUAAUGAAAGUAGAUGAAGAUGUAUUUGUAAACAUUCCACAACUUGCGAAAGAACUUCACAGAAGACCUUAUGGUGUUAAAGGUUCCGUAUACGGUUAUGUCAACGUACACUCGUCUGUACGCCGGAAAGGGAAGUGGGGUGUGUCUAAAGACGAGUUUCCGCUAUCAAAUUAUCCAAACUAUGCUUCUGGGAAUUCGUAUGUGAUAUCUGGGAAUAUUAUCCCACGUAUGUUCAUGACAUCUGAGUAUUUACCCUAUAUGCCGAUAGAGGACGCUUUUAUAACAGGAUGUCUUGCAAGAAUAGUUGAAGCUAAAGUUGUGUCUGUACCCGGCUUCACUUACUGGCAUGACGCUGAGCCAGAUCCGUGUCAGUUUGUGAGAGACAAAAGAGUUUCCGUGACACAUGUUACCACUACUAUCAUGGAAAAACUUUGGAAAACAUGCAAUUCAUAUAGAGAAAUAUGUUCGAAGUUCAAUAGAACAAAACAUGUGUGAUAUUUUUUGAAAACAAGAAAUGUGUAGUUCAAAUGAUUUUAUUUGUAUUAGAGAUCUUAUAAGCAUUCCAAUUAAAUUUGAUAAACGUAUUUAUCACUAAGUUUUCAUGUCAGCAAUAUAAAUUGUAGCUGCUACAGUAGCAGGAACGAUAAAAUAAUAAUGGAAUAACUUGGCUAUGAAAAUGAACUGUAAAUGGUUAUAAUAGCCUAUUUUGAGUAAAAACCGCAAUAGAUCUUACAAUUAAGUUAUCUUAAUUUUAAUGUAUUCUUUUCCAUGAAAGAAAAAAAGAGAAAAGCUGCGCUACGUCAAUAUCCAGCAUAUACAUAUAUUUACAAUAGAAUAAUAUAGGGGGGUUACAGUAAACGUUCAGGAUCAUGCCCUUUAUGUUUUGUCGGACACAAUAGCUAUUCCUGUCAUUGUCAUUCAUAAUCUGGAAAUUAAUAGGUUUUUUUUUUUCUGUUGAUUGUUUUCUUCUAGACAAUGAUGUUCCUUUUUGUACUUGUAAACGCCGUCCUUUAACAAGGGAAGAAAUCAAACCAUGUAGAGUCUUCUGACUGUCGAUUACUAUGCCAGCAUGCAGUUACA